GAACAAGGGUAGGCGAAAAUGCACAAAAAUUCAACAUAAACAUGGCGAUCCGAACGCAAAAUUCUGACAUUCCAGGAAAUCUACGCGACGGUACAUUAAUUAGCGCGUGUUUGCACGUAAAGUUUACAUGUGCAUAGAUGAAAUUCCGGUGUACCGGCGUUAGCUGGUCAAAAAAAUGUGCUAAACGAAAACGAAAUUCUGGACAGAAAUCGAUAAACAAAAUUUGAAGAACAGAGAACGAAAAAAUGAAAAAAAAUGAGUGAUGAUUUGCACAAUUUGUUUUACUAUGCGAACGUGUGCCACGUUUGUAAAGCUUUUGGCGGGGAACUGCCUUUGAAACGUUGUGGUAGCUGUAGAAUGAUAUCAUAUUGUGGAAAGGACCACCAAAAACAACAUUGGCCACAGCAUAAAGACCUGUGCAAAGUGUUGUCAGGCAUGUUGGGUCAAACAAAGAAUACGUGUAUAUUUGAGAAAUGUCAAAAUCCGUGCACAAAGUUAUGGGCAAAGAAAAAGAGCAACUUGAUGCUACUCGCCCAGUUAAAAUUAGGAAGACGUUUAGAACACUAUGAAGAAGAGAUGUUCAAAUUUCCCCGAGUAUGCCGUACCUGCCAUGAUGGUCAGUCCGUGGGAUUAAAAGACUGCGAAUUGUGUCCAAGCGCUAGUUUUUGCCCGCUUCAUAAAACAGACCAAAUCAAACAUGUCGAUCAGUGUAAAGCGCUGAGACUCUGCUUCGACCUAGACAUUGCCGGGACUCUAUUUGAACGAAAAUCUCCUAGACACAUUGUUCCGUUCCAUACAGAAAUGGCAUACCUGCCAAGAACGAUAACAGAUUUUAUACUCCUUUACGUAAAUGAAAACAAGUCCCUACCAAUGUCAUCGGAAUGCCAAUUACUAUACAAUUCAGAAUAUUUUACCAGACCAUUAACUGUUCUAUAUGCAAUCGAGAGACUGGAAUUUAGAAUAGAAUCAGAUAUGAUUAUGCAUAUAAUUGGGGCUAAUAUGGUUGAAGUUGACGGGCUGGAUGUUUGGGAGAUAUUACUACACUGGCUUCCUCCAUUGACCACUUUAACGAUCGUUUUGAUCGGCCCAGAAUUAAUCUGGGGCAGCGUGAGGCCUAAUAUCUGCAAUUAUUGUGUCGCUAAGGAUAUGUGCGUUAACGUAGAAUUGAGGAACAUGCUCUACCAAGAUUAUGUGACCAGUCAAUGGUACGAAAAGCCUGAUUUUUUGAUUGGUUACAACAUGGGUAUUCAUGAAUGCGUAGAACUUGGUUCAGCCAAAGACACAUGGACACCAUCUAUUAAAACUUUGGCUGAGCAAAAUUGUCCACUGGUUCUAACUUCCUAUACGCUAAGCGAAGCUAUCGAGGAGCACAAGAGACUUUGCAUUAUUCUAGGAGAUGCUGCGACCGAUGUCUGCUGCGAAAGAAAUCCAUUCUCAAGUCUUAGACCACACAGGGAUUUUGAAACUGAAGGCGUAUUUUAUCAGAAUCAAUUUAUAACUAUCUAUCAAGAUCUUUGUUCAGCAAGCAUAUUUAAUGACCUAAAAUUAACAUAAUACGAAUAUUGGCGAUAUCAUUUCAGGUCUUUCCUAGUAAGUGAAAAAUUCAGGUAUAUUUAACAUGAACCAAUCACAUUGUGCGAUUAAACCUGCAGUAUCGCGCAAAAAACAAAACGCAUGAACCUUAUACAGACUAAUCCAGAAACUAGUUGAGAGCACUGCAAAAUCACUGUACACAAAAUUCAUUCUGUGCUAUAUCAUCCUACUCGGAAUUAUAGCUAUUCCAUGAACAGCAAGAAUAAAUUCAGAACUAAUCAACAUAGAGUUAUGUUAAAGUUGAAGCUGAAUUACUUAGAACGUGCAUGGAGAAUAUUUUUAAAAAAAGGAUUAGAAUU